AUGGACCAGAUGAUCGGUGGUGGCGGAGGCGGUGAUGCCGGGCGCUUCCCGCUCGAGACGUGGUUCUGGGAGAUGCCCAUCUGCACAAGGUGGUGGACGACGGCAACGGUGCUCAUGAGCGGCAUGGUGCAGUGCGAGUUGAUCACUCCCUUCCAGCUCUUCUAUAGCUACCGCGCCGUCUUUGUCAAGUCACAGUACUGGCGACUACUCACCACAUUCCUUUACUUCGGGCCCUUUUCCCUCGACCUUCUCUUCCACGUCUACUUCCUGCAACGAUACUCCCGGCUGCUCGAAGAAUCCGCAGGCCGAUCACCAGCACACUUCUCAUGGCUGUUACUCUACGCCAUGGUGUUCCUUCUGAUCUUGUCGCCGCUCGUUUCGAUGCCAUUUCUUGGCCACCCGCUUUCGUCGACGCUGGUUUACAUUUGGUCUCGCCGCAACCCAGACACCAGGCUUAGCUUCCUUGGAUUGCUGGUGUUCAGCGCACCCUACUUGCCGUGGGUCCUUAUGGCGUUCAGCUUGACCCUCCAUGGCACAGUUCCCAAGGAUGAGUUGAUGGGCGUCGUUAUCGGUCACAUCUGGUACUUUUUCACCGACGUGUAUCCUCCUCUUCACGGCGGCUCAAGACCCCUUGACCCGCCCAUGUGGUGGCGUCGUAUCUUUGAGGGCCGACCGCGCGAGGAGACUACAGAUGGUAUCAAUAACGAGAUUGCAGUUGCUGGCGCUCCCGAGGUUGCGCCGCCCGAGGUCCGUUAG